UGCCUAUACCUCAUUCAAUAGUCAACUCUCCUCGCCUGAUCACAUCCAAAUUUAGUAGGUAAAACAAUCAAUCUUAUAUAUCUGUGUCUGACUUUUCCACUACAAAGAGCACUGCCAGUUCCGUUGACUUUUCGGUUUCGCUGGCCAUGGCUGACGUACCGGGUGCGCCGAUCAUUUCCAUCUACGACCUGCUGCUGGAGCGCAAGAUCCUGCUUGCUGGCAAGGGGGCAUUCCGCAAGCAGAGGAACCAACAAGAACCGAACGAGCCGAUGGCCGAGACUGCCACCAAAGCCAAGACCAUCAGCAGUAGCAUCAGUAAGCACCUCAGCUGUUCGUCCGAUGGGGAAGUGACACCGUCGGGGCCAGCUAAUGUUUCGGCCUCGCACCUGAUCAAGAAGCGGACGGGCGUAAUCAUGCAGCAGCCCACAAAGAAGGAAGUGCCGGACAAGCUGCCCAAGAACGCGGCGCCCAGGAUUCUCAGUGCGAAGACCAAAACGAGAGCCUCUUCAGUUGGCAAUAGCCUCUCCGAUGCCUCCACAUCCAAGCCAUUGACGAGCACGCGCCGCAAGACGAAGAAGAAGAAGGUGCAAGCCUCGGGAGGCUCGACUUCAAAGUCCUACUUGAUCGACCACUCGGCUGACCAGCGCAUGCCCAUGUCACCGCGUAAGGCUGGCGGGGAAAUCCUUGCACGCGCCAAGACACCCACACCUACAGCUACAACACCCAAGUUAAAUACCCCCAAAACAUCGCAGACCAAGCUGCGCCUGAAGGGGCGCAAGUCCAAAACUUCCCUCGGCUCAAGCAAGACUCCAACGACUCCCAGCAGUGUCAACCGUUGGCGCAUCUAGGAACAGCGUUUGCACUGGAUCUACCACAUCGCAUUUUUUAGUUACCAUUUUUAAAUUAUAUUUAAAUUUAAAGUUUCUUUAGAAAUUUAUAGGAAUUACAAUUACAAUUAAUA